GUUUCUGCCUUGUUAUCUAAACCAGCAGGAGAAGAAAUCAUGUUGGGAGGGCACGAUAGAAGAGGAGCGGUGGCGACGCACAGCUCUCAUUAGCAACCCUCAGGAGCUGGUGAUACCACAGGCAGCAUGCGAGAGCAAGCGAGCCAGCAAGUGAGUGUGGGGGUCUCUGGACACAAAUGUGAAGUACGGUUUUGCUGCAGCUAGAGGGCUUUGCUGCUGCACAGCCCCGCGCUGUGUCUGGUGUGCUGCUGCACACCCCAGCACCGGCUGGGGCUCUGCCACGCCGCUCCCCACCGCUUCCCACCGCUCGCUGCCAGCCCACGGCCAGGCCCGCCACAGGGCCGCUGGACGCCCACCCAGGAGACAGGCCGCGGCGUCCCUGCAGCCGAGCCACUGCCGGCCAUGGUCAUGCCUGACACCGCUGCUCCACUUCUGCUGCCGAUGCUCCAACUUGGUGGGUGAGCCCUUCCUCGACACAGGAUUUCUUCCCCCCCCCACCACCAGCAGCAUGGAGAGUGUGCGUGAGCUCCAAAACCCGCUCUUGGCCAAGGCCAACGGGCACCUUCGCAGCAGCUAUUCUUACCACCAGCAUCACAGCCAGGACUACCCCAGUCAUCACUGCCAAGGGAAACUGUAUUCCUACAUCUUCCAAAACACUGGCGGUGCCAGGACUCACCAGCUGCUGGAUGCCAGUUCCCUGCAGCUGGCCGUUGAAGCCUUGUAUGGUCCCAAUUUCAUCCUCGUGAAGGAUGAGACCACCCUCAAGGCCAAGGACAGCAAGAUGGAAAGCUGCGAGACCACUUUUACGGAAAGCAAAGAGGCUCCAUCUGAAGGUCCUGAUGGGCAUGAAGCACAGGGGUCCUGCCUGGUAGAGAGCGACAUCCGCAUCCAAACUGUGUCCUACGAGGUGGAGGAAGAGGAGCUCCAGGAGUAUGAGAGUGACUCCUCCAGCGACAGCGAAAGUGAGGAUCAUUUCCUGAUGCUUCCCCCCCGGGACCACCUGGGUUUGGCCCUUUUCUCCAUGCUGUGCUGCUUCUGGCCCCUGGGGAUUGCUGCCUUCUACUUCUCCCAAGGGACCAGCAAGGCUGUCUCCAAAGGAGAUUUCCAUCUGGCCAGUUCAGCUUCCCGUCGAGCUCUCUUCCUCGCUGCGCUCUCCAUAACCAUCGGCACAGGAGUGUACGUCGGGGUGGUGGUAGCAUUGAUCGCUUAUCUCUCCAAAGGGGGCCACGUAUAGCUGCCACCUGCAUGUCAGCGCUGUCCCCGGCUGCUGGCUUUCCUGGGAUCACGGUCUCCUGCGGAGCACAGGACGCCAGUGCCUGCAAGGGCUGCUUGCAUGGCAGGACCCUGGCUUGGAUGCCCUGCUAAGGCUCUGUCCCCUUUCAGACAAACAGUAGACCCCUGUUCUCCCCGAGGCUGUGGGGUGCCACCAUCUGACAGCAGGGAACUGCGCACUGGCCUGGCUGCUGGGACCAGGAGAAGCACGUUAGCCUGGUGGAAGAUGUGCAGGAGAGAUGCUGAGAGUUGCUGCUGGGCUGGUGCCACCACCCCUGCUCUGGGGCCAUGGCUUCCCCUCCCACCUCCGCAGCCAGCAGAUCCACUGCUGGUACCCAGGCUUGGCCCAUGAAGGGGGCACACAGGGAGGAGAGGGGAUAUGGUGCUGGGGAAUUACCACUCUUUCUUCUGGGAGGCUGGGGUCCUGGUGGGCUGUCUAGACUCCUGUGAUGGGGACAACAUUCUCAUUUCAGUGCCAUGGGGUGGCAUGGGGUGGCACCUGGCCCCUCAGCUGCAGCAAAGUAGGAGGAUACACCAUGGACACGAUCGAAGGGCAUGCUCUCCACAUCCCUCUGCAGACAGACCCCUGAUCCACAGGAGAACAUCCCAGUCACUGGCCCAUCACAGACCAGAAACAAGAAGGCAGGCAGGCUGGUGGUUGCACACCAUCACUCCCAUCACUGGAGCAAGCUGGCAAAAACUGCAAGGUUUUUUCCACAUUAAUAACGACUGUCAUGAUAAUUGCAAGUUGGAGCCCCCGUAAUGUUGGCGUCCCACAGUGCUGGGCCCUGAAAAGACUUGUAAUGGCAAUUUCUACCCAAGAAGCAAGCUGGAAGGGGUGGGGGCCUGAAGGACUCCACUUUCAGUGCUGGGUCAGGGCCCUGCACACAAAAAGGGCUGGAAAGAAAAGGCUGAUAUGACACGCAGAGCCUGGGGUGGGAGUGCUGUUUGCAAGGGAGUGGAUCCAGAGAGCAGGAAGACUUGGAGGGAGCCCGAGACAUGGGGGGUGACUCCACACACCUCUUCCCAUGCCUUAGAAAGGGGUAUCUCCAUCCAUCCAAAAGCUUUUGCUGACAAGGAAGUCCCACACUUCCCUCUUACACCUUACAUUUGCUAAUUCGUAUAUUGUCAGCAACACGUCAAGUACUUCAGAGGUGGGUGUGAAGGCAAUGACUGCCCCAAAAGGGCUGGUGUUAAAAGGCCCUGCCUCACCCCCACUCCCCAGCAUCCACCUUGACCCUCAGUCACCCUGGCCAUGGCUCCCCUGCUGCCUCCUUCCCCCAUGUGCAGGCGGCUGCAGGCAGACUCUGGGCGCCCAUCACCCCCUUCCCUGGGUUUCUGGGCAGGCUGCAGCUGGCUCUGCAAGAGGUGCAGCAUACUCCUCCACCUGAGUGACACUCAAAUGUACAUUUCAUCCUAAAGAAGCAUGUUAAUGUCUGCGAUUACUGUUGUACUUGAGCCAUAAAAGAGAGAAGCACAUCAGAGACCUGUUCAGAAGCUGGUCUGAAAGUUCCCAUUACGUUUUAUAACAUGGAAGAGCUAAUAAAAAAAAGCAGGAAAAAAGGCUCUGUUUAUAAGAACAUGGAGAUGGCUAGCGAAGAGGUGAGCUUUGCAGGAGUGCUGUGCUCCCUUAAACCUGGACGUGUUUGUGCAGUUUCCAAAGGUAGUUAUAAUAAAGCUGGUGUCUGGGCAACUCAGAGGGAGAUGUACUGCCAUGUAGAUCACAGCGAGCAGCUAGCACUGGGAGUGGGAUGGUGAUGCAGGCUUUUUGCCAUGUGUGGAUGGACAAGAAUUAGGGAGAGACAGAUACUGAAGCAUCAUGUAUGUUCAUGUUGCUCUGUGUGUAGUAGAAGCAUAAAAUAAACUGUGCUUGAAGAGGGGCAGAAGAAUACAAACAUCAGGAGGUAAUAAGCAGGUCUUCCUUCUGAUGGUAGACAGAGAGAGAUGGAAUUUGCAGGGAAGGACUGGAGUGUCCAGAAGAGAUGAGGUGGCUUGGAGAGGAGAGAUGAGGGGCACCCUCAUCCAGCAGCCAAGGGAUGGUUUUCAUUCCCGUCUCCUGAUGCUCAGCCUUCCUGGGCAUCCAAUCUUCCAAGUAACCAAACAGGACAGGAGUGCUAUUUCAGGACAGGGGAUGUCUGUGGGUGCCCAUACAGCAGAGGUGACCAGACCCACCAACCUCCAGCUCAGUGCCAUCCCAGCUAAAGCCCUCCAUGCCUAUCCCCCUCCUGAGCACCCCAAGACGGGAGGUGGUUGGCUUCUGGGGGCCAGGGGUGGGGUGCUCCCUGCCAAUUCUGUUCCAGACAAAACCGUCUGGGCUGCUGGACCAGAAUCAGCAAUGAGAAACUGCAUUUGCCUCUGAAUUUGUAAUUCUACCAGAUGGUUCCUUCCAGCGGAUGCCAUGGGUGGGGGGGCCAGCAGCCCCCAGCCCCCUCCCUGUGGGCACCUCAUCCCCCUGCACCCCAACCUGCCUCUUAGUAUUUUUUUAAUUGGAGAUGCACGGGGAAGGACUGGGCUAAAGGGCCAACAGAAUUAAAGUGUUUUCCACUAAUAGCCUGAAUCUCUGAUGAUCUUGUCAAGGGGGGGGAGGG